UAUGCCGAGAAAACGGAAAGGACAACUUCCCCAAAAACUUAAUGAAGACAAACGAAAGAAACUUACUUGGAAUAUGUUUGAAAGUAUUGACAAUAAUCCGUCAACUUUGGAAAAAAGUGGCGAUCCCAGUACACAAUCAGCCAAUGAACCAGAAAGUAUUGUAGAGGAAACAAAUAAACCACAAAAAAUACCUUUUAAUACAAUAACAAGCUUAUCAAAGCAUAUGAUAAGCAGCAAAUUCAACUUCGAUUCGUUUGGUAAUGAAUCAACAGACCAAACUUUAACCUGUCUAGUAGAAAAUAUUUCUGUAAAAAUCCUAGACCAUUCAGAAGAACUGUAUACACAGUUUAUAGCCAAUUUAACGGAGGGAGUGAUAGUAUUAACUUAUAAAAAAGGCCUAUAUUCAAGAAAUAAAAAAUUUGAAUGCUUUUUGUUAAUUUCUGAGAAUUACAUCGGUAUUGAAUUCGAAGAUGAUGAGAUAAUUCAUGCACUAAUGAGCAAAAAAUUUACGAUACAACUAAAGAAUAAGGAUAAAGAAGGAUUUUUAUUGUUUAAUUUAUAUUUAAACUUAAGCGCUUUAUCUUCAAUUCGCUGGCCAAGUGAAUCAUGGCGUACCACAAAUUUUAAUGUUUGUAUUGGAAAUUUAAUGGAAAAAUACUAUGGAAAAAAUUCACCAUUUAUGAAAAAUUUCGAAAGAGAGAAUAUUAGCAUACAAUGUAUUUAUGAUUUGUUAGAAAAAAAGCAACCAAUAUGUCCAUCCAAGAAUCAAACAUUUAAACAUUCAGCUUUAAAAGUUAGCUUACGUCCUUAUCAGAAUCAAUCCGUUGCUUGGAUGCUACAAAAAGAGACUACACACCGAGAACAAGACGAAACUCUUCAUUGCCUUUAUGAAGAGUUCUAUUCGAAGAGUGGCCAUCUACUUUACUAUCAGAAAUUUGGUGGAAAUAUUGUAACAAAGAGGCCUUUAUCCUGUCUGAAUCCACCAGGUGGAAUUCUAGCAGAUGAAAUGGGAUUGGGAAAAACGGUCGAGGUUCUUGCAUGCAUUCUAUCCAAUCCUAGACAAUUAAUAACAAACACUAUUGAAACGGAGCAGAAGACAAAACGAAUAAAAGAACAAGAAUCUAAUUCCUCAAAACUAAAAGAAACCACUAAAUACAAUUAUCUAAAUUUGGAUUGCGUUUGUGGAGUAUCAAAAAUCGAAAUAAAUUCCAAGAACAAAAUACAAUGUUCGGAAUGCAACAUCUGGCAGCAUCCUAAAUGUCUCAACUAUGAUAUUAACUAUCCUCACAAAGAACCUUUUAAAUGUCCUCAUUGCCUUGUAUCUUCGCCACCUUUAAAAUCUACUGCUACAUUAAUUGUAACACCGACUUCCAUUAAUGCGCAAUGGAUAGAAGAAAUUAAAAGACACGUUCAUAUGGAAUGUUUUAGCUUAUACGUCUAUGAAGGGGUUCAAAAAACCGGAUUUAUUCAACCUUACUAUCUUGCUAAUCAUGAUCUAGUCUUAAUGACUUAUGAAACGCUCCGUAAGGAGAUUAAUUAUGUUGAUUUACCACAUGCGAGCAAAGAAGGGAGAUCGUUGAGAAACUCUAAAAGAUACAUGACUAUUCCAAGUCCGUUAUUAGUGAUAGAGUGGUGGAGAGUCUGCUUGGACGAAGCUCAAAUGGUCGAAGGAACCACAACAAAAACCGCUGAAAUGGCUCUACGAUUAAAUUCAGUAAACAGAUGGUGUAUUACUGGAACACCUUUGCAAAGGGGCAUUGAAGACAUAUAUGGGCUUGUUUUAUUUUUGGGUGUCGACCCGUAUUUUGUUCAAUUGUGGUGGCGUCGAGCCCUUCUUGAACCCUUCUUUAUCGGAAAUAAAGAACCAAUGAAAGUUCUCUUAAAUAACAUCAUGUGGAGAACUUCGAAAUCCGAAGUCAUAGAUCAGAUUCAAAUUCCUGACCAAUCCGAAAUUAUACAUUGGCUAAACCUGUCAUCAAUCGAAGAGCAUUUCUAUAGAACAACACAAGAGCUUUGCGUUAAACAAGACGGUCAUAAUAUGGCGAAAUUUCCAUCAGAAAUUAAGCUGUCACAAUUAGAUAAAUCCUCCUUAAAUAAAAUAUUAAAUCCUUUAUUACGUCUACGACAAGCUUGCUGCCAUCCAAAAGCUGUAAGAGGAAAGUUUUCAACGAAAAACAUAAUGACUAUGAGCGAACUCUUAGACACCAUGAUUCACAGGACUGUUCGGGAAUGUGAGGAGGCCCAUAGGCAAUUUGUAGCAUCUUUAAACGGAUUAGCAGCUAUUGCUCUUAUUAAGAAUGAUGUCAAAGAAGCUGUUAACUUGUAUAGAAACGUUUUGCAAUCUGUGACAGAAUAUUCAACUGAGCUCAGAACGGAUGAGAUACAACAACUUCAUACUCUAGAGAACUUACAAGAAGUAUUAGUGGAACAUCCUUCAGAUGAGUAUGGUAGGACUUUAAGAGAAGAAAAUAUACCUGCUGAAAUCAGUCAAAUUAAAGAGAAAUAUAUAAGUCAGCGUCAAAUCAAGUUUGAAGGUGCACUUGAUGGAUGGAAAACAGUGAAAAGAUCUUUAGAUGAAAAUAUGGAAAAUCUAAAUUACAGUUGGUGGGGAGAGAUGCUAUCCUUAAAGAAUGAAGACAUGCUUCUAAAUUCCUUAAUCAUUAGAGUAAAAAAUGAUCUUCGUAGUAAAUCAAAAUUAGGAGGAGGUAAUAUUGCCGGAGCUUUCAAGAACGCAAAUGGGCUUAUGUAUAUUAUUGAUAAAUUUUCAAACGAACUUAUGACAAGUAGAAAUGAGUUGCUAGCUACGAUAGAAUCUCUAUGUGGCUUUCCAGAGAAGCAGCAGGUUGAAGAGGUUGCAUCGUGUUGUUUAAGACCUGAAACUGACGAGGCGAAAGCUUCGAAAGACUGCAAAUUCUGCAAUUGUAAUCGAUUGCUUCAGUAUUACGAAAGCAAAUUAUUUUCAAUUAGUGAUAAGAAUAUUGAAGAUGAAGAAAAUGAGCAUGGACUAUUUACUCUAAAGCCAGAAGGAAAUUGGGCGGAUUCUUCUUUAGAAAUAAUACUUAAAGCGCUUAUAAGUUUUGGAAAAACUUACAGCCCUUGGAAGUAUCUAAGUGACAAUGGUUCUCAACACGUCCUAAUUAUUGAUAAAAUGAAAAAAGAAUUUCGUUGCCUUCGUUCUAUUUGGACCACAUCAAGAGACCGAAUCAGUGCAUUAGACGAGUUGGAGAUGGCAAAAAUUCGAUUUAGAUUACGUAAAUCGUACGAAGACAGAUCGAGCUCAACAGCAACAUAUAUACUUGAGCAGCAUCAAGUAAAUGAACAAAAGUUAAAGUUAGCUUCAGAUAAAAUAGUAUCAAAAAAUGAUUUGUCCAGAAAACUUGGUCAACUAAGAUACUUAAGGAAUUUAGCAGUACGAUCACCAAACGAUUCAGAGCCCAUCAACAAUUUAGAUCCAUGUCCAGUAUGCGCAAGAGACUUAUCAGACAAAUGGUCCGUCCUACAUUGUGGACAUUGCUUGUGUUUGGAUUGUAUAAAGGUUAUAAUAACUAGAACACGAGCGCCCGGAGUCAACAAAGGGUCUUGCGCCUGUCCAAUAUGUAGACAGAGAACAAACCAUGAAGAUAUAUCUUUCGUGUACAACUCGAAAACAAAUAACGAAGUUUAUGAUGAAGAAGAUAAGAUGAUAAGUAACAAAUACGAAAUAGAAGGCGAUCACUCUACUAAAAUUAAAAAUAUUGUUAAGUGUCUCAUGUAUAUCCAGUCGACCACGCCUGACGCUAAAUCUUUGGUCUUCUCAACAUGGCCGGAAGUACUUGAGGUUCUAUCGAAAGCGCUGAAUCAAAACAAUAUGAAAUCCUUAGUUCUGAAUCAUUCUGCGAAAUACAAGGAUGUACUCAGCGCUUUUCGGGAAGGAAACGACGCAAGAAUACUACUACUUCCUGUCCAUGCAGGAGCGAAUGGUCUCAAUUUGAUUGAAGCGACACAUGUUCUAUUUGUUGAACCUCUGCUUAAUCCAGCUCAAGAAUUACAAGCUAUAGGCAGAGUUCAUCGAAUUGGCCAAACAAAGCUAGCUUUUAAUAAAUUAGUUUUAGAAUUUAGUCUAGAUUUUUUAUUUUUAACAGGGAAACGUUCGUUCAUCAUUUUAUCAUCCGGAGAACCGUAG